AUGACAUUUUGGUCUCCUGCACACUUUGGGUCGUGUGAUCGGCGGCGUGUUGGCAAAUCUGCCUGGCCAAAUAAACAUCGUCUACUUAAGCGCGGUUGGCAUGAUUUCCACUGGCCUGUGCCACUUCAGCAUCCUCGUUCUGCCGCAGACCUUCAACUUUCUCUCGAUGUACGCUGGAUUGUAUGGAUUCUGUGUCGGUCGAGGCCGGCUAACUUGCGUUUUUCCGCACAUAUUCGUCAAGGAGAAGCCACUGGCUGUCUUUUUUGUGGGAUUGUGCUGCAGAAGUGGACACCCUUGUUGCCCCAAAAAUGGCGAAAUAGCAGCAACUUUUGUUUUUUGGCAAGUCUCGAGGCGGAGUGCCUGGCUUCGGCUGGCGAGCCAGUGGUAGGCCGGGCUUUAUUCCCACUACAGGUAUACUCGUCGGGCAUACUGGACCGUAAGAGAGGCACUCCUCGAAGGGCCAGACUUCUUGGGCGACAGCAAAUUCCAUUCACCAUCUGCCUCACCAUCACCAUCAUCAGUUGCAGCAUUGAUAACACGGCUGAAUAA